CGCCCCUACUUUUCCUUCAUUUCCCGUUGACAAGAGGCAGAGGAAAGAUGUGGAAGAGACUGACUGUUGGCGUUCUCAUUUUGCUGGUGGCGGCUGUCCUGCUAGCCUUGAUAUUUGCAUUUGCCCACACAGUGCAGCCCAUCGGCCAACCGGGAGCAUGCGUGCAGCUCCCCAUCCAGACGCCGACCCCGGCGGCGGAGGAGUCGGACCCCCCAGGGAUGCUGGACAGGCUCUGGGACGCAGCCAGAAGUAACGUCAAGAGUCUGGGUGGCGUGGCCACGGGCGCCGCCGGCACUUUCUACGAGGGCCGCGUCAAGCCGGUGACGGAGUGGGCGUCCAGCGUCAGCGGCUCCCUCUGGGACCGACUCUGGGGGAGCGUGAAAACCACACAUCCUCCCACCCAAACCAGCCCGGAUGCUCUCCCGAACUAAAGACACAGUGACAGCAAACAAUGAAAUAUACCAACAUGUUUCAGAAAAAGUGAGAAAUAAAUAAAAUAAAACAAACUGAAUCAACA